AUGGCGGGGGGCGCCGGCGAGAGAGCCGGGGCGCGGACACAGAGCCCGGGCUGGACGCCUUGGGGCCCCACUGGACACGUGACUCAUGGGAGGAUGGGUCUGGCCCCGCCGGCCGGGAGGCCCGUGAGCCCGGGCUGUGACGCGGCGGCCGCGGCUUCGGUCACUGUUUCCCCGCAGCCUCAAAGGAGCCCCCGGAGCGGGCGCCCGCUCCUGGCCAUCGCUGCACUGACCGUGGGGGCUCAGCGGCCGCCCCCUCAGGCGCACAUGUCCCCCAGCCCCCAGCUGGCACGGGACCCCUGA